GACAUUACAUCGUUUCUUGUCGAGUUACACGUCGAGUGAAUCGCUUUGCGAUGCGGUGAUCUCCGAGCCCGACUCCCCCGGCUUCCGCCGCCGCCGCGCGUCGCCAUCAUCGCUCCGCGGCUAAUUAGCUCCGGAGAGGAUAACGUUGGCUCGUCGGCUGAUUGGCUAAUUGACUUGUCGCCUUGUUUGAGGUUCUUAUUGGCUUACGAGGCGAUAAACCUCGCGCUGGCCGGUGCCUUCUAUCAAACGGCGCCGCGCCAGCUCUUGUCUCGGGGCCGCGGUCAAAUGUUGACAUCGGCUCGUCGGCAGGACGAGCGUUGGGUAACGGGCAGCAGUCGCGCCGCCAUGGCGCGGAGGGAUUCAGUAAGUAGAAACCAUUCGCACGUCGGUGAAACGGCGCCGAGUUUUGAAUUGCCUUAUUGUCACUAACCCAGUCAUGACGCCGUAAGAAAAAGAAAAAGGGGCGAACGCCAUUAAGAGAUCGCCGCCCUAAACGUCAAAAUGAGCCCGUUCUUCCUCACCUGCCGAUUCACUAAACGUUGUUUCUAAAUGUAAAUUAACUGUUUUGAAAUUGACCCGGCGUGUCCCGCGGUUAGACGUGGAGUAGUGCCCAGCUAUGCUGAGGCGUCGCUUUCCUUCCCGACGUCAGAACUCGACAGAGAUGGUGUUAUUCACACGCGGAUCCCCGCGGGGACGCGACGCCCAGAUUGCCCGUGGAUGUCCGCUGCCGCGUAACAUCAUGACGUCAUUUGAAACGAAGCUCUGGAUCUCAACCUUGAGAUAAGACUUGAUCGGCUGUCUCAAGUUUGCCAAGCUAACCUCCGUACAAAUGGAUCAGACGGUGCUGUCUGCCCAGCUGGGUCUUUCAGAAUGGGAGACGGACCACAGUUCUCCCCUGGGGUUCCUCAGCUUGGGCUCUGACAAGGGCGGUCUGUUGCCUCUCAACAAAAGUGGUCAAACUGGUUUGGAUUUUGCUGAACAUGUUGACCAAGAGGACUGUGAAGAGGCUCUCAGCGACAGCGCCCUAAAUGUAGACAACCUGUUAAGGACAUCCGGUUAUUUUUGUGGGGAUCAUAUCUUGGAGUUGGAGAGAAGUGAUGCCCCGACUGGUUUUCAAAGCAUACAUUUCGAGGAGUUAAAACCUGCUCAACAGCCCGAUGUAUCUGAUGACAUAACUGAUGAGAUCACUCUCUCGUGGUUGUUUAACCCUGGUUCCUCUGAUCUGCUCAGGGAGGAUUCCCCCUGUGAGCAUCUAAAGUGGACACAGGGUCCAUCUGUCAAAGAUGCUAAUGCCUGGAGCUGCGAGGAACCUUCAUCCCUGGAGCAGAUUUCAGAAAGGACUCCUGGAACUCGCGCAGACACUUCGUCUUUGCUGGUAGACCUCCUGUCUUCCAAACACUCCUGUUCCCCUCCUCUGUCCCCUGUGUGUUCCGGUGAAGCCGGCCCACAUGGUGUCACUGAGGAGCUGCUCCUCCAUUCACAGGAUGAGCAGGGAGGCCUCCCUCCCUCCCUUCUCUCCCAGGGAGGGGAGAGGGUGUCACCUGAAACCGAGGACAAAGGUUCAGUCCUGGAAGCAGUGAGUGAUCUGCCUCUAGUCAGUAAUGUUACCCUGGCUGGUUUAUUUGGAAGCUCUCUUCAGCAGGAUACUGUUAUAACUGACUGUUGCAGCACACCAGCAAGCAAUCGAGAAGAGUUCUUCCCUUUGCUGGAUUCGGAGGUUCCUGUGUGCGAUGAGAGCCCCAGCCUCUGUCCCACCAACCUCACCUCUCUCACUUGCAAAGGUGCACUGUUAGAUUCCCUAGCGGAGGAACCCGGGGGGGAGCAUGCCUCCAUAGACUUGAGUAAAGAUACGACCUCAGAGGAGCCAGGUGAAGGUGAGUUGUCCGCACCCUGUCCUUCCGCAAACCCUGUUUCAACAUUGGAGGAGUUAUUGCCAGCAGUGCCCCCAGAUGGAGAUGCCCCAGUCCAGGGUGACUUGCCCAACCACCUUCCCUCAGCAGAAAAUGACUGUAUGGAUUUGAUGGAAGAAAACCAUCUUUCCGAAUCCCAACAUGAAAGGGACUGCUCGAUGGCUUUGGAAUUGGGUUUGACAGCAGACGAAGUCCAUCAUGAGGAAACGUUGCACUCGAAACUGCCAGAGGCUGAGCACAGUGAUUGGAGUACUGAUUUGCAAGUUGAACGGCACAACGGGGAAAAAGACGAGGAAAGGCCGACGGACCUGAACCUGCGGGGACACUCGGAUCUUCAUGUUCCAGACGCUUUGGAUUUUCCAGCUCAAGAGUUGAGCAGAGGUUCCUCUGAGACCGGAUGGACUGCGGAGCAAAGUGUGGAGGCGGUUUCUCUCUCUGAGAUGGUGGUACCGGACUCCGUGCCCGUGGUCUCUUCUGGAGACCAGAGGGCGGAAGACGCCUCUCCACUGAAGGCAGUGUUCGAUGCUCUGGACCAAGAUGGAGACGGCUUUGUUAGAAUAGAAGAGUUCAUGGAGUUUGCUGCCGCCUAUGGCGCCGAUCAGAUCCAGACUCAACUUGGUCCAAAAGUUAAUAUAGGUCAGCCCAUCAACUCCGCGUUAACCUCCCUCUCAUUGAAAUCGGGUCACGCUCCAUGUCGCCUUCUCCUACAGCUGGGUGUCCGUCACCAAGCCCAGAUCAGAAAUCACUGGGCUUUCUCUGAGAAGCUCUGGGGCUGGAUCGAGUCGGAACCACAGAAACCUCAGAACCCCCACCCCCCACACUGUCAGGCUCCCUCCCAGCUCGUUGUUUUACCAGCAGAGAGGGGAGAUAACGGGAACAUCACGUCACUGCUUGUCAUGGGACUCGGUGCGUACACCUCCGUCUUGCUGCGCACUGAGAGCACACGUGGAUGCGUGUUUGGAUAUACGCCGCUGAAAAUGCAUUUUAAACUUGCCCCCGUCUACAUCCAGGAAUUUUUAAUGACAUAUAGUGACACAGUGAAAGAUCUGACCAAGUUCCUGGACCCCAGCGGCUUGGGGGUGAUCAGCUUCGAGGACUUCCAUAGGGGAAUCUCCGCCAUCAGCAAUGGAGGUCCAGAGCCUCAGGUUUACGAUGUCCACUACAGCCCAGAGGAUGGCGCUGUGGGUUGCCCCGAAGAGUAUGAUGAGGUAGGGCAUGGCACCUAA